GGGGGGGGGGGGGGGGAUGAGGAGACGCUAGUUUUAGGUGGCAAGAGAAAAAGGAGAAGAGACUUUGUGGGAAGGAAGCCUGCCGCAGUCGCUGAGGAAAGAAGCCCCCUGGGACACAGGCCAGUGUGGUCAAUAUUGUUUUUUUCAUAUCAGGCGAAGAAGAUUCAGUGAAGAGAAAAAUCCCCACCUGGAAACAUGCACAAGCGCACCAAGAUAAAGAUUGCAAUCUUUGUGCUGCUAGUGGGUAUGGCGUGCAUGCUCACCGCGGUGGUAACGGACCACUGGGCCGUGCUCAGCCCGGAGGUGGAUAAAGUCAAUCAGACCUGUGAGGCGGCCCACUUUGGCCUGUGGAGGCUGUGCAAGAAGUACAUCUACAUCAGCUCGGAGAACUACGUGCAGGGGCACGGCUGCGGACCCAUCAGUCUGCCUGGAGAGGAAAACUGCACUUACUUCAGACACUUCACCCCAGGGCUGGAUGCCGAGAUAUUUGAAUACAAAACACAAAAAGAGUACAACAUCUCGGCCGCAGCCAUCUCCAUCUUCAGUCUGGCCUUCAUGAUCCUGGGCUCUCUGUGCUUGGUCGGAUCCUGCACCGGUAAAGGCAAAGGAAGAGACUACCUCCUCAAACCUGCCGGCAUGUUUUUUGCAUUUGCAGGUCUCUGCGCCUUCAUCUCACUGGAAGUGAUGCGGCAGUCGGUCAAACGCAUGAUCGAGAGCGAGGAGACCAUCUGGAUCGAGUACCACUACGCCUGGUCCUUCGCCUGUGCCUGCACCGCCUUUGUCCUCCUCUUUCUCACCGGCAUCGCCCUCCUGCUCCUCUCCAUGCCCCACAUGCCCAGGAACCCAUGGGAGACUUGCAUGGAUGCCGAGCCGGAUCAAGUCGAGUGACAGCUGGACAGACGAGACGAAUGCAGGACGAGAAUGACUACGUCUUUUGUUUUGGGGACAGAUUUGAGUGUAGAUUCGUUUCAGGGACAGGAGCUGGAAAUGAGAGCAUAAAGGUAUGGUGACGGAUACUGGUUCGGAUGUGGAUGGACCACAGCCAGGAUGGGAAAAUGACCUCCCUGCGAUUACAUAUUUAGAAAGUUUGUCUUUCUCCUUUAUGACCAACCCGAGGGGAAGAAAAAUCAGUUCUCUUCGCACAUUCUCUGCUAUGGUUUGUGUUGGAGAUCAGAGGUCAAAUCAGUUAGAGCCAGCAACAGCUCUCCUACUGGUUUCUUCUUGGGCGGAAAUCAAUAUUUUAUAAAAUGUCACUGCUGUGUGACACGCUCUGAUUUAGUCUCCCGUGUUAAGUUUGAUUCAUGCACAUUUUGCCAAUAUAGUUCAUACAGCUUUUUUUUUUUUUUUUUUUUUACAAUUUAUUUACCGCAGUAUGUUUGGUAUCUUGUAAUAUAUCAUAUAUUUUACCCAUUCAACUAUGGAUUUUUGUGUGCUUUCUUAAACUUAGGAAUUCUUGACUUAAACUUAAUCUAGACAUACUCAUUCGAAUGUGCGUCUUGUAUUUCUAAGGAACGUUUAAAGAGUGAUUUCAGGCAAAGCUGCAGCACAGAGGCGGCUGCUGAAUGCUGAACACCCCCUCGCUCUGCGCGCUGGAAAAGGUUCAGCUCGAGCAGGUGCACACGCGCGGCCUUUUGCUUUCUGCUGACGGCUUCCAAACCAAACGGACACAAAUAAUUCUCUGUUUUCAUCAGUCAUAAUGGUCCGUACGGUCUUGAAGUUCAGUUGUACUGAAGCUGUGGGCAUUCAGAGACACUCUCCACCACACAUUUGUUUUCCUUAGUGCAGAGUCACUCACAGCUGAUGUCGAUUUGAACCUUUUGUCUUUUAGUAGUCCAAUAUACUUUGGUCUGUUUCUCUGAACGAAUGCUUUUUUUCAAAUGCAGUUUAUUCCGUGUAGGUGUGUUGGAAAUGCCACAUAUCUUUAUAACCAAAAAUUAAAUAUUGAUAAAGGUUUGGAAAACUUUUG